AUGUUUGAGACUGAGAUUCCACUAGAAAAAGACGAGAACGGAUGCAUAUUCAUCGAUCGAGACGCCAAACAUUUUCGACUAAUUCUGAAUUUCCUUCGUGAUGAAUCCAGCUACUAUUUAUUGGAUGGAUUGAUGCAUUUGUGUCAGGAAAGAUGUAACGAUGACAGGCAGUUGAAGGAGAUGAGGCAUAUUGAGAAUAAGACGGAGUUAUUGAAAACCGUGUUGCAUUCCAGGAAGGCAUUCCUCAUAUUCUUCUACGAACCAGAGAAUGUAGUCCGCGUGGAGAACUUCUUCAAUGAAGGUGUCUUUCCUGCAACGAUUGCUCAUUUGAAAAAGUUUAUUGCGGAGUUUGAAUCGAAAUUCGAUUUUUAUUACACGGCAGGAGGUAGUGAAGAAGGAUGGUCAUGUGUACACUACAAAGACUACAACUCCACAUUCAUUGCGGCUUACAGUUGGUCUCGUGACUUUUUGGAUGAUAUUUGGAUGAUUCUGAAGGAUAAGGAGCUUUGA